GUCGCCAACACGUGAUAUAGAUCUGGGGCACGUGCGCCCGAAGUGAUACGAGAGCUACCCUAGACCUGUGAGUUUAGAGGAUAGUUCAAACAAUUCGAUCUCAUGACUCCAUAACUUUGACAAACUUCCGGCUCAACACCAAUGGGUCGGGUAAUUGACCCGGUUGAUCUGCAACGUCGAUCUGACCAACGCUUAUGAGAUCAUGGACUGUGAUGACGUCAUAGAUCUUGCAUGGCUUGACGUGACCACUAUAAAGUAGGUGCACGCUUGUCGCUCUCAUUCUCUCACAAUCAUCCAACACCAGUAUCACUCGUAGCACUCAUCCAUUCUAUCGCAUUUUGCUCAUUACCAUUUAUCGCCAACAUGUCCGACAAGCCCACCACCAGCCUACCCGGUACCGCGCCCAAAGCUAUGGAUGAGCAAGGCACUGUCGGCAAACAAUUCACUGAGAAUGGAGCUAUUGGAGGAACAGCUCAAAAGAUUGGUGGUCCGUUUGACAAAGAGGGCGUGAUUGGAAAGCAAUUCACUGCCGAGGGAAGCAUUGGAGGAACUGUUCAGAACAACAUGGGAGGAGAAAAGAAGGCUUAAAUACUACUUCAAACUAGUAAUUAUCACAUAUGAACACUCAUGCCCUAAGGUAUAGCGAUUACUUGAAUCGCCCAGUUGAUGUUGGUUACCCUGUAC